UUAAAACAGAUUCUAUUUCUUUUUUCAGCUUAUUGGCCUCGAAGCGAAUCUAGUGGUGCAGCUGCAGCAGCUGCGGCUGCCAACGCGGCCAAUCUUUUUGCGGCCACGGGAGGCGCAUACGGCCUGGCACCCCAUCCCUCUUUACCGUUCGGAAUGUUGCCUCCAACUUCCAGCAGAGGAAUGCCCUCGUAUCCAACAGCCACAAGCGCUGCAGCCGUCUAUAGCAAUGCUUACUCAAAUACACUAUCGGUUGCAGCAAGUCAAGCCGCGAGUUUGGGGAUACCCGCGGCCAGUGCUGCAUGGUGGUCCAUGGCAUCACAUUUGGCAGCUCAGGACUACCUUGCCCGUUUGCAAGCUUCAGGUCUAAAUUUUCCUGGUUUACCAAAUCCUGCCGAUUUACCUUAUUCACCCUUAUCCUUGUCCUCUCUCACAGGUUAUCCUAAGGCUAAGACAUCGAAAAAUUCUUCAACUUUAUCCUCCACAGCUUCACUGCCAAAGCAUCAAUCGUCAUCUGUCGGAAAUACGUUGGUAAAGUCGCAAAAAACCCCCGCACAUUCUAUCAAUUAUUCAUCAAGCUCAAUGAAAUUGAAUGAUGGGAGGACAGAGCAGUCAAUUUAUACUAAUACGCCGAUGCCAUCUAGUAGAAAUAAUACUGCAACUAGUAAUUGCGGUAAGUUUUAUUAUUUUCCAUUUUUUAUAUAA